UGUUUUAUGUGUAUGUGUUAAAACGUCACGUUUCAAGCAAUGAUACAAAAUCCGUUUUUCUCAAUAUCUACAAAAAAUUCAAUAUCAAUAUCAAUAUCUAGCCUUCAAUAUCUCAAUAUUAAAAAUUCAAUAUUGACAUCGUCUCAAUAUUCAAUAUCUGAUCAUUCAAUAUAUUGCAAUCCCUGGCUGGCGCUGCCGGUUCUCCUCACGCUGUUCAGGACUCCAACACUUUUUUCAUACUUUUUUUUCACUCACUGCGGCAAAGUUAUGUCCAGGAUUUUCAUUGACUUAUCGUUCAUGAUUGUCUACAUUGCCUUUCUGAGAGUUUCUCAUGCUUGAUCUUAUGCCGGCUGAUCAGUUUGUUAGUGGUACAGCUUGCUUGCCGUUUGCGAUAGAAUCCAAUUGAAUGUCAUUGUUUUUCGUCGUUACCCCUGCUUACUACCUCACUUGUCUUAGCAAAGUCCCUGAUGCCUUCAAAGUAUCCCCAUUUGACUGGCUUCAAAACAAAUUAAUUGAAAGCAGUGCGCUGCUUGAUCCGGUAUGCGAAACAGAAGGAAAUCAGGUAUAAUGCCAGUGUAGUGGAUGUAACUUUUAUUAUGUUGGCAUUUGAGAAUUAAUGAACUUCACAUAAAGGACUCCCCAGAAAGGCAGAAUUUGCAUGAAUGUGUGGAUAUGGCAUGGAGUUGCUGUGGAUGUUUACGAUGGAACAGUAAAUUCAAACAAAAAUACAAGACGCAAGACGUAUUUGAUGAAAGAAUUCCAUUCGAAACAGCUCUGACCCAGCUCUUGAUUGAUGACCAAAGCGAAGGCAACGAAAGCCAAUCAGGUUGUCUAAGUGGGAAUGCAUUUAUAACUGAGAAGGAGCGUCAGCUGUUGAAAGAGGGCAAAUACGAGGAGUUGAGGCGCAUGCAGUUGGCAGAGGAGAUGCGAGCCAAAUCAGAGGCUCCUAGACAGAAGCAAUCUGUGCUCUUCGAUGUAGUUGAGCGUCCUUGGGUUAAGCAAAAGCUCCUUCAGAAGAGCCUACGAAAGUUCGUUCACAGUCGACCCUUACAAAAGCCUGUAACGCUUAAGCAGUUGGCGUCUCAAGAGGCUUUAGUGCGGACUGAAGAAGAGUCGCGGUUCAAACAAGAACGUCUGGUGCUAUUUGGAAACGACGAAGAUAACGAUUCAUUCAAUUCACCACAUGAACAAGAUUUAAGUCGUCACAAAAAUAAGCUUAUGGGUAGCAAAUACGGCAAUGGAGACCGCAUCGUAUCAGCAUCACAAGCCACUGUAUCACUUCACGCUGUAGUAGCUAAAGACGUAAACGAGCAGCUUAUAGACCAGCAGUCGAUAUAUCAUGAAAAAGAUGGAAAUUGUCUGAACUCUGAAGACAGAUUGAAGGACGACGAAGAUCUGGACAGUUGUUCAAUGUCAAAAGAUGCAGCCCAACAUCUGUCGGAUCAGGUCGAAUCAGAAGCUAACUCUACUGACCAACCGAAAGACAGUAAUAACGAGUGGCCCGAAGAAUUUACCAGUGCGUUGUCAGAUGAAACGUACAAUGAACCUAAAAGUAUCGAAGACAGCGGAAAUUGUACGCUCACAACUGUUGACCUUAAUCAUGACGAGGGUGCAUUUUCAAAUAAAAAUAGAUCGAAUGGACUGGAAAUCAUCGUCGAAGAUCUAUAAUCAGCAUGAUAAAGGAAGCUUCAACUGUAAAAGAAUCGAAGAGCUAGUCGUAAACUGUACGGGUUUUUUCCGCAGCAGAUCUUUCAAUCAGUACUAUUUCAAUUCGAAUACAUCUGAACAUUGUGAUUUGUUAAUAUCCAUGAAUGAAAAAUGUCUAAAGUUAAAAGGACCAUCUUGCAACCACGAUGUCCUUGAAGAUUUGAAGAAAGAAGCGGAGAAAUUUUCGCAACUCAAUGCUAAAAGCGAUAGAGAUAACAAGCUUGUGAACGAUGUUUGGGAGUUACGUUCUACCCCCAUUAAAACGUGGAAAACAUCCUAACUCAUCUGGAUCUCUGAUUGUAAAUCACGUCGUUUAGCAAAUUUAUAUAUACUGUCCA